AUGUCAGCUGACCAACCUCCCUUGCGAACAAUGUUAAUAAUGUCAGCUGACCAACCUCCCAUGCAAAUAUCGCAAAUUAUGUCAGUUGACCCAACCACAUUGAUUACUAUUCAUUCAGUGUAA